CUCGGAGAACCGUGACUCCUUUCAGGAGAGUUGUGUGUGAACCUUGAAUUAUUUUUUUUUUUUUUUAAUCACCCAAAUAUCACCUGGAUUAACAAAAUGCAACAUGCCACUAGUUUUCACAAUGAAUUUUUAUUAUCAAAAUAAUAUUCUCAAGAAUAUUAUCAAUUUAUCAAGUAUAUAAUUUUAGUUUUCUAAAAAAAAAACAAGGAUGUCGGAGUGUAAAUACUAUUAUACAAAAGUGCGGUGGUUAUGUGAUAAAAUAAAAAAGUGUAAGACAGAAUAUGUGAUUUAAAUGGGCUGAUGAGGAUUGAUAAAAGAGCAAAGAGACUCUUUUUUGAUUUUUCAAAAAAAAGAAAAAAAUGCUGGGAAGCCCGGCAUUCUUUGCGAUAUUGUUGGGAACAAUAUUCGGUGUUCUUGGUGCCUCGUUAAGCAAGGCCCUGAGGUACAAAGCGCCGGAUGAAUGCGAAUGGGUUGCGACGGGCGAUUCAGCUGAUGAUGUUUCGCUUGUUUGCCGAUUGAGGACCAUUAAUAGCGAAUUGGAGAACACUAAUUUUAGUGUCAUUCAACCGCAGCAUACUGUACGCUUAAAACUUGUGUGCAGCGAUGCACUAUUUUAUCAAAGUUCAUUGAGUGCAGGAAGUUUUCGACCAUUGAUUGAAUUACGUGAUUUAAUUAUUGAAUAUUGUAAAAUUGCAAAUUUAUCUGAUGAGGCAUUUAAGGGUUUAAAAGAAUUGAGAAAUUUAACAGUGCGAACACAUAAUACUGAUUGGUCAUCAAUGGCAUUGGAAAUAUCAUCGCGUGCAUUUACUGAGGAUUUACAAAAACUUGAAAAAUUGGAUUUAAGUGAAAAUAAUAUGUGGAGUUUACCUAAUGGUUUAUUGUGUCCUUUACGUAGUUUAGAAGUGUUAAAAUUGGCGAAAAAUCGAUUACGCGAUGUUGAUGGUUUUCAAUUUAGUUAUCGUGGUCGUUGUGCAAUGAAUUUAAAAAUUCUUGAUUUAAGUAAUAAUAGUAUUGAAUCAUUACCAUCGGCUGCAUUUUCUGGAUUAUCGAGACUUCAUAGUUUGGAUUUAAGUGGAAAUUCAAUUAUUUCAAUGGCUGAUCGUGCAUUUGAGGGUUUAACAUCAUUGAAUGUUAUCACACUUGCAAAUAAUCGUCUUGCAAGUUUACCACCGGAAUUAUUUAGCGAUGCACGUGAUGUGAAUAAAAUUUAUUUACGAAACAAUACAUUAAGUGUAUUACCGCCAGGUCUCUUUGGUGAAUUGACCCAGUUGGUGGUAUUGGACUUGUCGAGAAAUGAAUUGACGGCAGAAUGGGUGAAUGCUGCGACCUUCGGGGGCCUCGUACGUCUUGUGGACUUGGACUUGUCGAGCAAUCGGAUAGCACGUCUUGAGCCAGCGGUUUUUCGUGACAUGUAUACUUUACAGAUUCUUCGAUUACAGGAAAAUCUGAUUGAAAGUCUUGUUGAUAAUACAUUUUCGGCAUUAUCAAAUUUACAUACAUUGGUAUUGAGUGAUAAUCGAUUGACAAUGAUUGAUGGUACAACAUUAAGUGGUCUUUAUGUAUUGAGUUUAUUGUCAUUGGAUAAUAAUCGUUUAACAAGUUUGGAUAAAAAUUCAUUUCGUAAUGCAUCAUCAUUGCAGGACCUUCAUUUAAAUGGCAAUCAAUUGACGGAAAUUCCCGAUGCACUAAAAGCUACUCCAUCUUUACGAACCCUUGAUCUUGGGGAAAAUCUCAUUUACGAAAUACCAGACGGCACAUUCGAUCACGUAUCCCAAUUGUACGGAUUACGCUUGACCGAGAAUCAUAUUGGCAAUUUGACAAAAGGUAUAUUCGAUAAGAUCAAAGAACUCAAGAUACUCAAUCUAUCGAGAAAUAGGAUACAGUUCAUCGAGCCGGGCUCCUUCGAUAAUAAUUUGAACCUUCAGGCAAUUCGUCUCGAUGGGAAUCAACUCACGGAUAUUGGUGGUUUGUUCGCGUCUCUACCUAAUCUUGUGUGGUUAAAUGUCAGUGACAAUAAAUUGAAAAGAUUUGAUUAUUCAAUGAUACCAACUGGAUUACAAUGGUUGGACAUUCAUUCAAAUGAAAUAAGUGUAUUGGAGAAUAAUCUCGAUAUUGAAACACAAUUACAUUUAAGUACAUUUGACGCGAGUGAAAAUAAAUUAACUGAAAUAACAACAAAAACAAUACCAAUGAGUAUUGAAACAUUAUUACUUAAUGAUAAUCAAAUAACGCAAGUGAUGAGUUAUUCAUUUUUAAAGAAACCCAAUUUAACGCGAGUAAAUCUCAAGGGUAAUCGUAUAAGUAAAUUGGAUCCCUAUUCAUUUCGUUUAACAAAUGUUCCAUACGAUAAGCAAAUACCUGAAUUCUAUAUUGGUGACAAUGAAUAUCUUUGUGAUUGUUCAAUGGAAUGGCUACAGGAAGUUAACAAUAAUCAAAGUGAAAAUCGUAAUCAACCACAAGUAAUGGAUCUUGAGAGUAUUUAUUGUAAACUUCUUUAUGAUCGUGAACAUGAAUAUGUACCACUUGUUGAGGCAUCGCAUUCACAAUUUCUCUGUAAAUAUGAAGAUCAUUGUCUUGUAUUGUGUCAUUGUUGUGAUUUUGAUGCUUGCGAUUGUGAAAUGACCUGCCCUACCAACUGUACAUGUUAUCAUGAUCAAUCGUGGUCGGCAAAUGUCGUUGAUUGCUCGAGGGCCGGUCACAUUGGUAAGCUUCCUGAACAAAUACCAAUGGACGCAACGCGGCUCUACCUCGACGGAAACGAUCUUCGUGUUAUAGCAAGUCACGCCUUCAUUGGAAGGAAAAAAUUAAAGGUCCUUUUUCUCAACAAUUCCAAUAUCGAGAUCGUGCAAAAUCGAUCGUUCAAUGGUUUGCGCGAGCUCGAGGAUCUACAUUUACAGGACAAUGGAAUUCGGGAGUUGCGAGGCCACGAGUUCGAGGGUUUGGAAUCAUUAAAAAUACUUCAUCUUGAAAAUAAUAGAUUGUCAAUAAUAGGAAAUAAUACAUUCACAUCGUUAUUGUCAUUAAAAGUAUUACGAUUGCAUGGUAAUCGAUUGAUUAAAUUAUCCGUAUGGUCAUUACCAUUAACGAUUGAAGUGACAUUAGCUGAGAAUUUAUGGUCAUGUGAUUGUGAUUAUCUUAAGGAUUUUCGUAAAUGGAUACAAAGUCCAAAGGUCAUUGUAACUGACGAGAAGGAACUUGAAUGCUACACGAAUGGAACAACUGAUUUUGAUAAUAAUCCAAUCGAGGACAAUGGAGUGGAAUUUUCCUUGUUAACAACAACUGGCUAUAGUGCAAAUGGUACAAUAUGCUCGAAUCUUGAGAACAACAUGGAGAAUAGUAGUGUGUAUGGGAAUUUUGCAAAAAAAACAUCGUUCAGUGAUCAGGAUUAUCUUCCAUUGCUUGUUAGUACACUUGUGUGCUUCUUAAUUCUCGUGAUCACGUGCAUUCUUGCUUUUGUAUUUCGACACGAACUUCGGGUUUGGUUUCAUUCGCGCUUUGGUGUUCGGAUAUUUUAUCGUCAUGCAGAUGUUGAUCGUGAUGAUCGUGACAAAUUAUUUGACGCAUUUGUUAGCUAUAGUUCAAAAGAUGAGGCAUUUGUUGCCGAAGAAUUGGCACCAGUUCUUGAAAUGGGUAAUCCAUCAUAUAAACUUUGUCUUCAUUAUCGUGAUUUUCCUGUUGGUAAUUUUAUUGCCGAUACAAUUGUUCAAGCUGUUGAAUCAUCACGACGUACAAUAAUGGUAUUAUCGGAGAAUUUCAUUAAAUCAGAAUGGUGUCGUUUUGAUUUUAAAUCAGCACAUCAUCAAGUGUUACGCGAUCGAAGACGACGUUUAAUAUUGGUAUUAGUUGGUGAAGUACCACAACGUGAUUUAGAUCCUGAUAUUAGACUUUAUCUUAAAACAAAUACAUAUUUACAAUGGGGUGAUAAAUUAUUUUGGGAAAAAUUACGUUUUGCAUUGCCCGAUGUGCCAAAUAAUCAAAGAACAACACCGAGACGACAACCACCACCUGUACGACGGCAACACAAUAACCAGAUGUCCAACGGACCACGAACACUUGCUGUUCACAUAUGAGUCUCGAUAUAUAACAGCUGGAAACUAAAAAAAAAAAAAAAUAUCUGUGUAUAUAAAAAAAAAGUGACUUUUUUUUGUAAAUAAUUAAUUUUUUUCGAAAUUGUAAAUAUAUUUUGUAAUUUUUUUUUCUGAAUUUGGUGUUCGCGAUUUGUGUAUAAAUGUCAUUAUAUUAUAAACGAGAGAAUGUGUUGUAUUAUAAACGGCACCAAAAGCGGGGGUAGCCGUGACCUGCCGUGUGUGUUAUGCGUUUUUCUUGUGAGAGAGCUUGAACGCAAUUUCACGCUUAUCGAUUGCGAUUAUAUUAUUACGAAUGUGUAUGUAGUUUUUUUUUUUUUUUUUCGAAUCGCUGUUCUUUAGUGAACGUACGCGGUACAUUGUGAUUACAACGAGCACUGUGUAGCUUUGUAUCAUAAAAAAAUGAAA